UCGAGUGGGCUGAGGGGACGGUGGCGGCUCGCGCUUUGGAGGCACCGGGGCCUUGGGGGUCCCCGAGGCAGAGAAGCAGCCCUGGCAAGAGGCCUGACGACUAGCUAGGGAGCGCCCCCGGCCGGGCGCCACCCGCGCCGCCGCUGCCACCGGCGCUAGCUGGGGUACGGGAAGCUAGUCCCGAGCGGAGGAAUCUAUUGUUAUUUAUUGUGUGGCGGUCGCACGCUGUACUCGCAGCGGCCGGUCCCUAGCCCGCGAGUGCGUGUGUGCGUGUGUGCGCGCGAGUGUGCGCGAGUGAGUGUGUGCGCGGGGGUGCGCGCGCGGGCGGGAGUGGGCACGCGCGGGGAAAAGCCCGAAAACACCUUAGUUUGCACCGAGAGACCAUUUGCAGCGGUUUUCCCCAACCUGCACUGGGAAGACUUGCUGAAGGUCGCCCCGAUUUCUUGUCGACGGCAGAACCCGAAAGUUUGCCAGAGGAAGAGAGCGCGCUGCGAGCAAGCGGGCCAGGAACUGAGGAGCGGCGCCGGGGACCAUGGUACUGCCCGCGCCACCUCCGCGGGCGUGAAGGCGGAGCUCCCACUCCCUCCCUGGACUCGGCGGUGUUCCAGGAGCUUUUGCUGGCAAUUCCAGUUUCCAAACAGAACAUUUGGGCAAUGGUGAGGGCUUCAAUCCCUUCUCUGAUUUGCUGUCAACUAUGAAUGGGUGGAUGUGAUGCCUGCUGGCUGACAGGAUUGGUUGUUAUCCUCCUUUUGGUUCAAGAAAGUGAAGGGUUUCUACCUACGCCUCCUUCUUGGCUGGAACUGGGGUAUUGGAUGAUUAAAGUGGGGCAAUUUUUUUGAAGUGUCCCUACUCAUCAGGAUGGAAGAGUGGAGACCAGGAGAUAUAUAAUAAACCUGGUCAAGUGUCAUUAAGAAAACCUGCGCUUUGACCCUGUGAUUCUUGGGAAACCAGUUAACAAUAUCAGAAGUAACAACCAAGUCCUGCCUCCAAAGGGACACAUUCACCUGUCCCUUCCUUUAAGGUGCCUGGUGAGGAGGUGGAGAAGGACAGCUCUGUCUCUAGAGUGGCAUAUUUCAACUGGACUGCUCUGGAGCCCUCAAGAGGAGUUACAGGAUUAAUGUUCAGGUGUCCUGAAUGAUGGUUGUUCUGUAUUUAGUUGUAAUUCCGAUGUGGUUGUGGAAGGAGACAAAUUCAUUAUUUACCUAUUCCACCAUCUUGACCAGAUGCCAUAUAAGCUCAUUACAGAAGCUCAUUGAGAAGCUUGGCAGGGCCAGUGGAGACGUGUAGUUGAGCUGGAUGGAGGCUGGAGAGGUCUGCAGUGGCCAGAUCACAAGCACUAUCUUAAUUAGAGGAGCAGAUGAUCACAACUAUACAAUACCUUCAGGAAUUUUUCCAAAUUCACAGUGCUUCUACACAUGUAUGGUGGCCUGGAGAUUCAAGUAUAACUUUGGAGCCAGGGAUAAUUAGAAAAGCCUGUGUAUUUGCGUCCCUCUGUGUGUUGCAGUCCUGUGGCAUUAUGGGUGCUUCCAACCAGUGACCUCCAGGUUUUUUAUGGCUGUGAGACAAAUUAAAUGAACACUGAUUUUAUUUCUACAGAGUUCUAACCACUUCAGUGGCAGGAGGAGUGGGAGAGAGGUUCCUUUUCAACCUAAGGAUGUCUGUAAAGUUGGUUUGUUGUGACAAACAUACAGGGUAAGAAGUGACCUUUUGAGAAGUGACUGUAACUGAAGAUUGCUUUACAGAAGCCAAAAAAGAUUUGAAAGCCACAUAUUCUUGCCUGAAGGUUUUUGAGUCAUGAUGCAAGAAUCUGGGCCUGAGACAAAAAGUAAUGGGUCAGCCAUCCAGAAUGGGUCAAGCAGCAGCAGCCACUUACUAGAGUGUGGCAGUCUUCGGGAAGUGCGGUCCAACGGGGAAGCACCGGCCUCGGAUGUGGGGCCUGCCGAUCUGGCCCAUGCGCAGCAGCAGCAGGCCCUUCAAGUGGCAAGACAGCUCCUUCUUCAACAGCAACAGCAGCAGCAAGUUAGUGGAUUAAAAUCUCCCAAGAGGAAUGACAAACAGCCAGCCCUUCAGGUGCCCGUGUCAGUGGCUAUGAUGACACCUCAAGUCAUCACUCCCCAGCAAAUGCAGCAGAUCCUCCAGCAACAAGUGCUGAGCCCUCAGCAGCUCCAGGUUCUCCUGCAGCAGCAGCAGGCCCUCAUGCUUCAACAGCAGCAGCUUCAAGAGUUUUAUAAAAAACAACAGGAGCAGUUGCAGCUUCAACUUUUACAACAACAACAUGCUGGAAAACAGCCUAAAGAGCAGGUGGCUCCCCAGCAGCUGGCUUUCCAGCAGCAGCUCUUGCAGAUGCAGCAGCUCCAGCAGCAGCACCUCCUGUCCUUGCAGCGCCAAGGCCUCCUCACACUGCAGCCGGGCCAGCCCUCACUGCCCCUCCAGCCCCUUGCUCAAGGCAUGAUUCCAACUGAACUGCAGCAGCUCUGGAAAGAAGUGACGAGUGCUCAUACUGCAGAAGAAACCACAGGCAACAAUCACAGCAGUUUGGAUCUGACCACGACAUGUGUCUCUUCCUCUGCCCCUUCCAAAACCUCCUUAAUAAUGAACCCACAUGCCUCUACCAAUGGACAGCUCUCAGUCCACACCCCCAAAAGGGAAAGUUUGUCCCAUGAGGAGCACCCCCAUAGCCACCCUCUCUAUGGACAUGGUGUAUGCAAGUGGCCAGGCUGUGAAGCAGUGUGUGAAGAUUUCCAAUCCUUUCUAAAACAUCUCAACAGUGAGCAUGCGCUGGACGAUAGAAGUACAGCUCAAUGUAGAGUACAAAUGCAGGUUGUUCAGCAGUUAGAGCUACAGCUUGCAAAAGACAAAGAACGCCUGCAAGCCAUGAUGACCCACCUGCAUGUGAAGUCUACAGAACCCAAAGCUGCCCCUCAGCCUCUGAAUCUGGUAUCGAGUGUCACACUCUCUAAAUCUGCAUCAGAGGCUUCUCCACAGAGCUUACCUCAUACUCCAACUACCCCAACUGCCCCCAUCACUCCCAACACCCAAGGACCCUCCGUCAUCACCACCACCAGUAUGCACACGGUGGGACCCAUCCGCAGGCGGUACUCAGACAAAUACAAUGUGCCCAUUUCUUCAGCAGAUAUUGCGCAGAACCAAGAAUUUUAUAAGAAUGCAGAAGUUAGACCACCAUUUACAUACGCAUCCUUAAUUAGGCAGGCCAUUCUUGAAUCUCCAGAAAAGCAGCUAACACUAAAUGAAAUCUAUAACUGGUUCACACGAAUGUUUGCUUACUUUCGACGCAAUGCAGCCACAUGGAAGAAUGCAGUGCGUCAUAAUCUUAGUCUUCACAAGUGUUUUGUGCGAGUAGAAAACGUUAAAGGGGCAGUAUGGACAGUGGAUGAAGUAGAGUUCCAAAAACGAAGGCCACAAAAGAUCAGUGGUAAUCCUUCCCUCAUUAAAAACAUGCAGAGCAGCCACGCCUACUGCACACCUCUCAAUGCAGCUUUACAGGCUUCGAUGGCUGAGAAUAGUAUACCUCUAUACACUACCGCUUCCAUGGGAAAUCCCACUCUGGGCAACUUAGCCAGCACCAUGCGGGAAGAGCUGAAUGGGGCAAUGGAGCAUACCAACAGCAACGAGAGCGACAGCAGCCCAGGCAGAUCCCCUGUGCAAGCUGGGCAUCCUGUGCACGUCAAAGAAGAGCCCCUCGAUCCAGAGGAAGCUGAAGGGCCUCUAUCCUUAGUGACAACAGCCAACCACAGUCCAGAUUUUGACCACGACAGAGAUUAUGAAGAUGAACCAGUAAAUGAGGACAUGGAGUGAACAUCUGGGUGGGCCAAUCCCAAGAAUAAAGAUUGGGAAAAAGCAAAACAAAACAUCAAAAGUUAACAGUGAAAUCGUUCUCCAUUUGUUGUACAGUCUGGAGGAGUUUCACUACAUUUUGACAACUCUGAAAUGUGUUAACUCUUAGUGCCAUCAAGAAUCCCAUUUGGGAGUAUUUUUGAUUUUUCUACUUUUUGUUGAAAAAAGGAAUUUGUACUCUGUGCAUUGGAUGGACUUGUUUGGUACUUGGGAUUUUCCUCUCUUAGCCGUCAACAUCUGUUGUAAAUUUGCUAAACUGAUUCACUUUUAGCAGCAGACUUUGAACUGCAGUCCUGCCGACGUUGGAGCCUGAGGAUACCCAACUGAGCAUGUGCACCUACACUGCAGACCAAGCCUCUGCCCAGAAUUUAAGGAUUCCAGUGGACAACCUAUUUGCACAGUACUGCAUGUUGAUUAUCACUGCCUUUUACACUUUUUUUUUUUUUUUUUUUGCUUCCAGUUGGGAUGGGGAAGGCCUUUGUGUGUGUGUAUUGGGGGAGGGGUUAAAAAUAAUUAUCCCAAACUUUUUAAUGUAUUGCUUUUUUUUUCUUGCUUCUACUAUACUGUUUUAAGUUCUGACCUCAGGCCUCCACUUGGGCCCAUGGCCUCCUGGAGGCUUAAAGUUUUCUGUACCUUGUAAUGAAUGUUAAUAGGUAUUUUUAUUAUACAAAGCUGAAUGUCAUUUCUUGUUUGUAGUUUUCUGUCCCUCAUUCCAUUUUCCUUCAGACAUCACCACAUUUUUCUCUAAAGCCGGCAGACAUUCCGUUUUGGUCUUUUUCAAAAAGGUCCCAAAUAUUGCACUCUACACAUGAAGGUCCUCUCACACAGAUGUGAAAUCCUACUAGAAAGAGAAUGAAUGACAGAAAAAAGAUAUAGACACACUCUAGGAGCAAUACAGAAUCAUUCUACAAGGCAAAAGGGGUUGUUUCAGAUUUUCCUCUUUUUUUUUGCAACUACCAUCAUUCUUAAUAAAUGCCACAACAUUUUAUCAGCAGUAGGAACAAUAGGCAGCACCCUCGGAAAAAAAUCUCAUAAUUGUUAGACUGACAGUCUGGCUGUGGAAGGCUCACCUUCGUGGAAUCAAGUUGUAAUGAGCCAUGUUAAACCAGUGUGGGUUGCUUUGUUUGCAAAAUGACCAAAAAGCUGGCUUCCCUGAGAAACUUUGCUGAAAGAGGUGGUGUUGGUGGUAGUGGUGGUACUGAAUUUAAACAUCAGUUCAGACCUGCUUGGUGGCAUUAAUCUAUUUGAAUGCAAAUAGAGUUCAGUUUGAACUUGUUGCAACAGUGAAUGAAGGCAGUUCAGCAAAUGCUAAAGUAUUCAUUUCAUAUGUGCACAUUUGCUACUGCAGUUCAGUUUGUUAUGCAAUAUGAUCACACCAACCCAGUAUCAAAAGCUAACAGUAGAAGACAUUAACUGCAUGGGGUGCAUCUCAGCCCUGGGCUUUUCAGGAAAUGAACAUGCAGGAUGUGACAGUCAUUGUCAGCACAACCUCUGUCCUAAGAACCCUGGAUACUUCCAUGCUGCAGCCACUCUUCCUGUCACUCAUUUAUUUAUCUAGGACUGUGGCUCUUGCUUUUAAUUUAAGAGCCGUUUGGAGCUUUAUUUAUAUUUUUUGUACCUUAUUUUUUCUAAAAUUACCAAAGAUGUUACACAAAGGUAAAUUAUGUUCUCUGUUUUAUGCUUUAUCUGAUGAAGCCAAAUAUCCUCUUAUUGUUGAUCAAAGGAGGCAAAAGAAUUUAGAGGCAAUUGAUGAGAUACAGGCUAUUGCUAACCUGAGGAAGAGAACGAACUGCUCCUUCAUCAUAAAUUUAGAAGACCAAGUAGGUAAUGGAACCAAAGUUGUUACUUUUUUUAGUUGUUGGUUUUUUUCUCUUCUGUAUCCCUGAAGAUCCUAAAACUCAUUCUUGUAAAGAGAUAUUAUGGGGCUACUGAAGAUAAAAAUAGAACAUUGUAUUAAAGGAGCAAAUGAAGGAAAGGAGUCCCGUCUCAAAGAAAAAUAUGAAUGUAUGUCCCUGAAAAUUAGGGGGUGUCCAGUAAAGGAGACAAGAUAAAAUUCAGAGAGAAGAGAAAAGCUUCCACAGUGGAAAUAGACCACAUAAAAUUACUUCUAGAAUACAUUUUUUUAAAAAAGAAAGAUUGUAUGCCACUUUUGUUUAAGGCCUGUGCUGUAAUCACUGUGUUGAUUUUGGUUUAUCUUAUCAUAUAGCCUCCAGUUUUUUUAUUUUAAAUUUUUCCUUUUUUUCUGAUUAAAUUUUGGUCAUCAUUUUUUAUUUAAAAAAGAAGUAACACUCCUGUCCACUCGUAAGCUUGGUACACAAACUUUUUUGGCAGUUAACUUUUGAAGAAGCUUCACUCUGCUUUCUGUAUAAAGGGCAGUCUGUGGUCACUCGAGACUUGUUUUUAACUUUUGCAGGCAGCUUCAUGAUGUGCAGGCAGUAGCCAGACAGGGUCAUGGGAAGGGGGCCCUGUGCUUCUAAAUUGAGUGGUUGCUGGUUAGUUUGAUAUUCAAAAGAGGAUAAAAAUCUGGUAGAUUAGUUCAUUCUCAGCAUGUGUAGCUAGACAUGAGUAAAGAUAACAGCAUGAGAAACUGUUAGUACGCAUACCUCAGUUCAAACCUUUAGGGAAUGAUUAAAAUAAAAAAAAAACAUUUCACUCAGUUGCACUUAGUUGUAUGUCUUGCAUGAUUAGUCUAAAGACUGUAGCAAAAGGAAAAAAAAUUAGAUUUUACUUAUCUUUGCAGGUAUCACAGCCUUGCAGAAGAACCAACUGAAAAAACAAUUCUCAGACUUUACAGCUAGCAAACUUCAUAUGAUUUUUACAAUUCUGAUUCUGUAUCCCUUGGGGCUAUCAGUCGCUUCUUUAGGAUGGGGUUUAUUAUGUUGUACAUAUAUCCCAAUGUGUCUGUGUGAACUUGUCUUUUUAGGGGGAGGGAGGAGGGCAGUUCUUUUUUUAGAUAUUGUUCCUAAGAAGGAAUAAAUGCAUACACCUGUUUGUCAAAAUACCUUUGCUUUUUGUGCAACUGCUUUAUAUUAAUGAUACUUAAAAAUAGCUUUGGGAAAAAAACUACUGUAUGUAAUGGAUUUGCAGAAAAUGCUGCACAUGUAUUAUUUAGUUAUCCUUGCUUUAAGAAUAUUGGAUGACAUUUCCUGACAUGGGAGGGAAAAUUUCCCUUUUUUUUUUUUUUUUUUUGCUUUUAAAUUGUAACAUAGUUGACAGACUUUUUUCCCCUCUUCUCAUUGAUUAGAACAUUUUGUACAGGUUUUAUGUGUGUGUGCGUGCAUGUGUGUUAAUGUUUUUUAAUACAUUCCUAUCCAUUGUGUUUAUCCUACCACUGCUUUCCUGGCUAUCUUAAAGAGUUCAUACAUCUAAAAAGAUAAAAAGAAAUGUUUCCUCCUGCCGCAGUAAAUAUCUUGCAUGAUGAAAUUGCAGGGUCACACUUUCCAAGUUCAUCAGUGAAGUAGUGAUUAAUGAUAGGGCGUGUCAAAGCUAUGGAACUUUUUGUAUUAAAAAAAAAGAAAACUGUACAAGGUGCCAAGAUGUAAACACAGUCUGUUACCUUUUGUUUUCCCAAACAAAAGCAUGUAUUAGGGAGAUAGUCCCUUGUUUCAGGCAAAUCCACUGUCAGGAAUGAGGAUUCAUCCCACUGGUCCCUAGAGUCUGUCCUGGUAAGACGAGUUAUGCUGCCUGGUUUGAACCAGCAGCGCAAUGAAAUAUCAAGGCUUGUGUCCUGGAUGUGUGACCACCAGCCUGCACCUUCAGGCAGCUCUCACUGUUCCCAGGAUUUCUAUCAGACCUACUUGGUAAAGAACAACUUGGAUUCUUAACCCAGAAAUAUGAUGUUAAUUACUAGCUAUUUUAUCAUGAAAAAAAGUUAAAUAUUUCCUCUCCUUUCCACAUUCCAGCUGAGCUCCAUUUCCAAGGGUACAAAGAACAUACUUAUAAGGAGUUUGAGUAUUUUUGGUACCUUUGGUUAAUGGUGUACCCUUUUGAUAUUUUGGAUGUUCUUGAGAGUUGGUUUCACUUUUUUUAUCCUGAGAAUGAGACUUGUAAUUCUAAAGGCAUUUUGUGGGCCCAGUGUAGUUCACACGGCCUCUGCCACCCAGGAGCCUUGGUGAAGAUGGUACAGUGCGGACCGCGCUCACGGUGCUUCACAGAUGUGUGCUGCCAGUAAUAAAAACCUUUUGUUUUGUUUU